CGCCGCACAGGCGCGCAGGUGCGUGAGGCGGCGCCCGCCCGGCACCCUGCAGACGAGGGCCCGCCAUGGAGCACAUCCGCACGCCCAAGGUUGAAAAUGUACGCUUGGUAGAUCGAGUAUCUUCUAAAAAGGCAACACUGGGUACUUUGUAUUUGACAGCCACCCAUGUUAUAUUCGUGGAAAAUGCACCUGACACAAGAAAAGAAACAUGGAUUCUUCAUAGUCAGAUUUCCACCAUUGAGAAGCAAGCAACAACUGCUACUGGCUGUCCUCUGCUUAUUCGCUGUAAGAACUUUCAGAUCAUACAACUCGUCAUACCACAGGAAAGAGAUUGCCAUGAUGUGUACAUCUCUUUGAUCCGCCUUGCACGGCCAGUGAAAUAUGAGGAGUUGUACUGCUUUUCAUUCAACCCCAAGCUGGAUAAAGAAGAAAGAGAACAAGGUUGGAUGCUAAUCGAUCUUGAUGAAGAAUACAAGAGAAUGGGCCUCCCCAAUAAUUAUUGGCAGCUAAGUGAUGUGAACAGAGACUACAGAGUUUGUGACUCCUAUCCCACUGAAGUGUAUGUUCCCAAAUCAGCCACAGCACACAUCAUUGUGGGAAGUUCCAAAUUCCGGAGUAGACGGCGAUUUCCCGCCCUUUCUUACUACUAUAAAGAUAACCAUGCCUCCAUCUGCCGCAGUAGCCAGCCCCUCUCUGGCUUCAGUGCCCGGUGCUUAGAAGACGAGCAGAUGCUUCAGGCCAUCAGGAAGGCUAAUCCGGGAAGUGACUUCAUUUAUGUUGUGGACACGAGGCCUAAACUUAAUGCAAUGGCAAACCGUGCUGCAGGGAAAGGCUAUGAGAAUGAAGACAAUUAUUCCAAUAUCAAGUUUCAGUUUAUCGGGAUAGAGAACAUUCAUGUCAUGAGGAGCAGUCUGCAGAAAAUGCUGGAAGUGUGUGAGCUAAAGUCUCCCUCCAUGAGCAAUUUUCUGUGGGGCCUAGAGAACUCUGGUUGGUUGAGGCACAUUAAAGCCAUUAUGGAUGCGGGCAUCUUCAUUGCAAAGGCCGUUUCAGAGGAAGGGGCCAGUGUGCUGGUUCACUGUUCCGAUGGCUGGGACAGGACUGCUCAGGUGUGCUCUGUGGCCAGCCUGCUUCUAGACCCUCACUACCGAACACUGAAGGGCUUCAUGGUCCUGAUUGAAAAGGACUGGAUCUCCUUUGGCCAUAAGUUUAAUCACAGAUACGGAAAUCUAGAUGGUGACCCAAAAGAAAUCUCUCCAGUAAUUGACCAAUUCAUUGAGUGUGUGUGGCAAUUAAUGGAACAAUUUCCCUGUGCCUUUGAGUUCAAUGAGAGGUUUUUAAUUCACAUUCAGCAUCACAUUUAUUCUUGCCAAUUUGGAAACUUCCUAUGUAAUAGCCAGAAGGAGAGACAAGAACUCAAAAUUCAAGAAAGAACAUAUUCCUUAUGGUCUCACCUCUGGAAGAACCGAGCUGACUAUCUGAAUCCUCUAUUUCGAACUGAUCAUGGUCAGACUCAGGAAAGUUUUCAUCUCCCUACAGCUCCAUGCAACUUUAUGUACAAGUUUUGGAGUGGAAUGUAUAACCGCUUUGAAAAAGGGAUGCAGCCCCGACAGUCUGUCACAGACUACCUCAUGGCAGUAAAGGAGGAAUCACAACAGCUGGAGGAAGAACUAGAGGCCCUAGAAGAAAGACUGGAAAAGAUUCAAAAAGUCCAGUUGAAUGGCACUAAAGUAAAGAGUAAGCAAAGUGAGCCCAGCAAAUACUCAGGGUUUUCUACCUCAGAUAACAGCUUGGCCAACACACCUCAGGACUACAGUGGGAACAUGAAAUCAUUUCCAUCCAGGAGCCCUUCACAGGGGGAUGAAGAUUCAGCUCUCAUUCUAACUCAAGACAAUUUGAAAAGCUCAGAUCCCGAUCUGUCAGUGAACAGUGAUCAAGAAUCCGGGGUGGAGGAUUUGAGCUGUCGGUCUCCAAGUGGUGGUGAGCGUGCACCAAGCGAAGAUAGCGAGGCUACAUCACAAAGACCAUAUGAGCCAACUACCAGCCUGAUCCCAAAGUACAACAUUGUUCAGUCAGUGGGGUAAACAUCGCCAAGGGAAAAUCCCAGUUAGGAACUAGAGAAUCUGGUUGUCCUGAGUAUUUAGCAAUGUAAGUUAUGGCAUCUGUCAUUUUAGAAAUUAUGUAAUUGGUUAAUGUUUUGGUUAACAUUAAUUCCAAUUUAUGACUGCUGACUGCUGAAUGUCAGUUCUGAGUGUUUUUGCUUUGUUAAAAUGCACAUUUUAACAAUCAUUUGCUGUCUUAAACUUUUAAAAAACAGAACUUGAUUAAGUGACCUAAAUUUUUCAUGUGCAAAAUGUGGAGAAAUGUUGCUAUGUUUGUAGAGAGAAACUGUAUUCAUGCUUUAUGGUUUUACAGAGAAUUGUAGAAUAUAAAGGAAUUUAAUUUGUAUAAUUUAUAUCAGUAUUUUAAAUAUGUGAAAAACUAUAGAAGAAUGUAUUAAAUUUUGCUGAAACAGGACCAAGAUAAAAAGAAAGGGCAAGAAAGUCAUAAUGCUGAACUAUUUAGUAUGAAAGAUUUCGAGUGUAGUAAUACGUAUGAGUGAAACUAUAGUAUAAUUGUAAUUGUGUUGUUCAUCCUAUUUAAGAAUUUUAUUAUAUGAAAAAUCUGUAAUAUAGAAGCGCUAUUAUAAAAAACAAAGCAAGUGUACGUCUUUUAAAUUAUAAAAUUUGAGAAUUUUCUGUUUAAAAGUUCCCCAAUUAAGUACAAGGAAUGUUUUUAUUAUUUUCUGUGUAGUAUAUUGUAUGCAAGAGGGAAUACAUGGCUAAUAAAUACUUAGGAAAUAGUA